UCUUGAGGCCGGGCGGGCGGGCGGCCCUUCCCCGCGGGCCGUGCCGGGCCGGGCCGUGCCGGCUGCCCCGAGCCGCUGCCCGGGGCGGGGCCGUACCCGCCGCCCUCCCGCCAUGAGCAGCGGGCAGGCCGCGGAGAGGGCCCCCGCCGUCUCGGCGGUGCCCAGGCUGCUGUCUGCCCUCUUCUACGGGACGUGCUCCUUCCUCAUCGUGCUGGUCAACAAGGCCCUGCUCAGCGCGUACAGCUUCCCAUCACCAAUGUUUCUUGGAAUUGGACAGAUGGCGGCCACUAUACUUAUCUUGUAUAUAUCAAAAUUAAAUAAGAUUAUUCACUUUCCUGACUUUGACAAAAGUAUCCCUGUGAAGUUGUUUCCUCUGCCUCUGAUUUAUGUUGGAAACCACAUAAGUGGAUUAUCAAGUACCAGCAAACUCAGUUUGCCGAUGUUUACAGUGCUCAGGAAGUUUACCAUUCCACUUACAUUACUGCUGGAAAUCAUCAUACUUGGGAAACGUUACCCGCUGAGCAUUAUCAUCAGUGUAUUUGCCAUCAUUCUUGGGGCUUUCAUAGCAGCUGGGUCUGAUCUGUCUUUUAAUGUAGAGGGCUACACCUUUGUAUUACUAAAUGAUAUCUUCACAGCAGCAAAUGGAGUUUACACAAAGCAGAAAAUGGAUCCAAAGGAGCUGGGAAAAUAUGGUGUCCUUUUCUAUAAUGCUUGUUUUAUGGUGGUUCCAACAGUUAUUAUUAGCUUUUCUACUGGAGACUUUCAGCAGGCAACACAUUUCCAGCACUGGACAAAUUUUUUAUUUGUCUUUCAAUUUCUUCUUUCCUGCUUGUUGGGGUUUCUUUUGAUGUAUUCUACUGUCCUAUGCAGUCAUUACAAUUCUGCACUUACGACAACAGUAGUUGGUGCCAUCAAGAAUAUAUCCAUUGCUUACAUCGGAAUGUUGAUUGGUGGAGAUUACAUAUUCUCUGUGCCGAACUUUAUAGGCUUAAAUAUUUGUAUGGCAGGAGGACUGAGAUACUCAUUCUUAACUCUCAGAGGAAACAGCAAGCCUACGCAAUCUGGGGAUGAAGAGAAUGCACUUCUCGAGUCAAAGUGUUAGUCAAAAUAACUGCUUUGAAGGAGAUUGAGAACUUAAACAAGUAUAUGCUGGAACAUAUUAGGAAUGAGGGGAAAAAAAUCUACCUCAGUUAGGUACACAGAUGUGCACACAUCUCAUUGGUUCGGAAGUAGUUUUGCACACCAUAUUUUUUACACAUGGACAAGUUUAAUUUUUACCUUUUUUUUUUUUUUUUUUUUUUUAAAAAUGAGAUAACUUAUAGGAACAAAUGCCAUACAUGAGCAAAUCUCAAGUUGUGAAUUUUUUAAUUCACCUGGACUUUGGGGAAUCUGUUCGUUCUGCCUCAGUUUCUGUCUCCUCAUUGAGGAAAAACUCACUGCAAGGAUCACAAGACUUGAUACACCAUUUCCUUGUGCCAAAUGUAAUCUUUAAAAUCAGUGAAGAGACAAAAGAUGCUUGUGGCUCAGAAUGAUUUCACCUAUGCAUUUGUCCUUGUAUAAGUGACUGUAGGGUCAAAGAAGAGAUGUGCCCCAAGAUUGGUCUGUGUGUGUUGACUGAAGAACUCAGGAUAUGGCCUAGUGUGUUUGGUGAGCACUGUGUAGACAUUCUCUCGCAAUCUUUUUCUCAUUCUCAGUAACAUCACAGCAUUCUGCUGCACUUGUCACUGUUGUGACAAGUGAAUUGUCAUAACUUUGCUGCAGCAUCGAGGAAACAAAGAAACUGAGAGUGGCUCUUUUAAUAUUUAAAAAGAUUAUUUUUUUGUCUGAGCCUGUACCAAGCAGGUAAUUUUGAGAGAUAACAAAGGUAACUCUAUUUUUGUUUAGGUACAGUCAUCUUUUUAUAUCACAGUCCUCUUCUCCAAUGUUUUGUCUAUAGUUACUAUUUAAUGCUGCACAGAAAUGAUGUUACAAACUACAAGAGGGAAAACUGAUUGAUAUAUGGAAGUCUAACUGCUGUGUUUCAAUGGGAAUAAAGAAUCUGCAUCAUAUAUAUGCAGUGAAAGUUGUGAAAGUUUUUGGGGUACUAAUUUAUACUCAAAAUUCAGAGCAGGUGAUCAGGGCAAACCUGAGGGUUUGCUAUAUCAGGCAAGGUGAAUCCAGUGGUUAAAAAAAAGUCUGGACUCCGAUGGUUUCUGUUAUUCUUUGGGACAAUACAAGCACUGCUCUGUAUCCUCACUUCCUUCUCUGAAAAUACAGCUGAUAGUGUUUACUUGCAUUUCUGAGGUUGUCGUGUUUAGCCUUUGAAAACACCUUAGAAGCAUUGCAGCGCUGGAGGACAGCAGAGCAAUUAAUCUUGUUGAAGUUUUCAAUUCCAUACAACCAUGAGCCAAGAUUUUUUUAAAAAAAAUAGUCAAAUCAAAAGAAGUUUUUGGAAGACCUUGACAUGGAACCAGGAUGAUGCCAUGACUUGUAUCCCAGUUUGAAUUAAAAUACAG